AUGACUUCCAAUGGCCAGUUUCCUCACGACGUGUCAAUGAAGCAAGAAACACCCGGAAGCGACUCAUGUGCGAAGGUGGCCAGCUCUCUAAGACCAGAACGGCUAGAGGCGAGACUCCGUAACGCAAUUAACGACCUGGAAGCGCUCGAUCACCUCGAAAUGGAUAUGUUCAACGAGGUCUUGCAUUGGUCUUUGCUCCGAAACGAGCGACUUCUUUUCGACAUCAGAACGACUCGACUGCAGCAAAGAUCGACGAUUGUAGGUCAUCCACCGUGA